AUGAAUUUGCAGCGAAUCGUACGCCGGCACUAUGCCACUUCUUUGGAAACGUCCAAGAAGGCAUUACGUGAUACCACACCCAUUCCGAAACUACCGUUGAGUGCUGGAUGGGCAAUCUGGUGGAGAUCGCUCAAAAAAUCAAAUCUUCAAAUUCUUCAAAACAACCUCAUACAGUUGAUGGUUCCAAAGUCGAACAAGGAAAACCAAAAUUUCACCAUAGAGAAUAAAAAAGUGAAAAUAGAUGAGGAGGGCAACUACUUGAAUGAGGUCUGCUUCUCUAUUGGCACCAAUCGGCCCGGUCCGGCCAAGGAAGUGGCCAUUCUCCAUGGCUAUGGAGCAUCGUUGGGCUGCUUUGCAAGGAACUUUCAACUCAUCAACAAGUUUUCGGAUUAUGAACACCCAGUGAAAAUCCAUUUCUUAGACAAUCUCUCGUUCGGUCUUUCUUCGAAUCCAAAAAUUAAGUCUUCUCGAAUCAGCCACUGGAAAAUUCCUCAAACCCCCAAGAUGAUUCUCAAUGAUCCGGACCAGCCCACAGACCCUAAGAAACUCUACAACAAGUACUACAAGUUGAUAGACUCGUUUGAGAUGGAUGCUGAAGAGUUUAGCAAAUACAAGGACAAAUUUCAGCCAAUUAUGAAAGACUUGGAAAACUACUAUCUUUCAGCAAUUGACCUGUGGAGAAAAGCUUCGAAUAUAAACGCACUCGAUCUUUUGGUUGGCCAUUCCUAUGGUGGUUACUGGGCAGGCUCCUAUGCUGUGAGGUAUCCUCGGUGCGUUAAGCAGCUAGUAUUGUUAUCUCCUGUUGGUGUCGAGCGCCAUGCUAAUGCCGUAACGAAACCACUCACCGGAUCCAAAGGCUUACAGACGAUUAAGCCGUCAUUGGACCCCACAUCCUAUACCUUUUUGUCAAGACUCCCAAUCUUAUCCAAGCAGACGAUUUGGAAAUGGUAUUAUUUGCAGCCAUUUUUACCUCGCUUACUCAAGUGGAUGGGACCAUGGGGCGUGCAAAAGUACUAUGAUAUGUGGUACAUGAAACUUUUUAAAAUUAACAAGUUGAUAGAAAAGCAUGGUGGACCCGAAAAAAUGCUCAAAAAUGAAAAUGACGUUGUCUACGGCACAAAUCAGGAAAUUCACACCAUCAUUGAGUACUUGUAUAACUCCAUUACCAAUGGAACUUAUUCGGAUAUCUACGUCAAAAACCUACUUACUCCAAGCACAAACAGCAAGUAUCCCUUGUAUGACAAGCUAAUGGAGUUUUAUUCAACCAGCGACUCGGCAAAUGGCCCAAGUGCUGUCCAUUUUCUUUACGGACAAUACGAUUUCAUGAAUAAGGAAGCUGGUGAAAAAUUGGUGAAAGCCAUCAACGCUUCGCAAGAGAAUACCGCUCACUUUCAUAGCGUUAGCGAAGGGGGCCACAACCUCUACAUUGACAAUCCGUUCGAGGUAAACGAUCUCAUACACAACAUUUUGGUUGCGAAACGUUAA